UUUGCCUUUACCCAGUGUGAAUAAAGGAGAUGCCAUUCAUUGGACUUUAACUGUGGCGAAGCCACGCCUCCUGCUGUGGGCGGGGUUUAAAGUUUAGUCCAGUUCUGAAACUCUUGCGCUGGAACUCAGUCAGUCAGAAGCUCUCUGCUCACGAGACACGGACUGAUCUACAGAAAGAGAGGGAACGUUUAGUUUAGACAGAUCAGUCUUUUAGAUCAGAGAACAGUAUGGAAUCAGUAGGUUUUCGUUUGGUUUAAUUAUAGAUUUGGAAAAGCAGCGAAGAGAAGGACUUUACGCACGCACCUCUCUGGAGAACCGCAGUCUCUUUGCGCGGUGAUGGAGGUUUCGGACUUCAGGAAUUUUGCGCUUUGGAUUUCAUUCCUGACGGGUUUCACGAUGGCCAGUUACUCAGAAGACCAGUGCAGCUGGAGGGGAAGUGGUCUCUCUCAGGCGGUGAAGAACGUGGAGCAGGUUUGGUUGAGGUGUGCGGAGGGCUCUGUGGAGUGGCUGUACCCCGCCGGAGCGCUGCGUUUCACUCUUUCGCCCCGACUGCCGUGGAGUGCCUUGGGUCCCGGCGAGUCCAGCAGGAGCCCGGUGUCGGCCUGCAUCAAGCCAGAUCAGCACUGGGGCGGGGCUCAGCUCUACCUGGAGCGGGACGGAGUCCUGGAGCUUCUGGUGGGAGACGAGACCUCCAGCCUGGCCCGUGUGACCUGCUUCAGUGCCAUGCCUGGAGAACGACCGGCGCUCUUCCUGCAAUCGACGCCUCACCAGGACAUCAGCAGACGCAUCGCCGCGUUUCGCUACGAGCUGAGAGGCGAUUGGACGGUGCAGCCGUCAGUCAACACAGAUCCAAUCGGCAGUGAAGGACAAUCUAAACAAAUUAAGUUUCUGAGAAUUAACCUGCAGGUGAAUCCUGAGCAUUUCUGCAAGCCUGUGAGUUGA